ACAUUGGUGUGGGAAAGUAUCUAAUCAUCAUAGAUAUCGCUUCACUGUUCCAACUGUACCGCUUAUACAGUUUCUAUCAAAUGGAAGUGCUCUGUGUCGCUUGAUCUUUAUACAUGUUGAGCGUUAGGACUGAUGAGUUGCAGACUCUUGUUUGAGAAGUGCUCGUUGUUGUUGUACCACGUGGCUCUGACGUUGAGAAACAACAACAGUGACUGGAGCGUGUUACAAAACACUAUUACGACACGGCAGUGGGUAUACACUGCAAACCAGUAAUCGGGACAUGGCAUGGAGGGGUUGCUUUAAGAAAUGGAGCACAAUAGACACGAUUAAUGUGCCAUCCCUAUUUCCAAAAAGCACCAGGUUUACCACCCAUCCUCAGCAAAGAUGUGGCUUCCGGAAAGCUCAGAAGCAAAUGGAAACAAAAAAGGGUGUGCACGAGGAGACAGAUGUGGGUGAGGCAGGAAGACAUAAGAAUGCUGUGCCACCUCAGCCAGAGGCACCUGUGCCACCCAGGAAACCAGGUCGACUCUUCAGACCCCUGGUGUUUACCGUGGGGUUUACAGGCUGCUCCUUCGGCACAGCUGCCAUCUUGCAGUAUGAGUCCGUAAAGUCUCGAGUGCAGAUGGCCAUGGAGGAGGCCAAAGAGGGGAAUCAGAAUAAACUUCGAGAGGCUGAUGACACAACAUACUGGCACAACUGGUGGAAUCAGCUUUCACACUUUCAGAAGCAGGUGAUUCUGGUCAUGUCUGUGAUCGAUGACUGGUGGAAUGGACUCAGUGAAGGACAAAAGACUGUCACAGGUAUCAUAGCUCUAAACACUGUGGUGCUGUGUUGUUGGAGAAUACCUUCAAUGCAACGCUCCAUGAUCAAGUACUUCACCUCUAACCCAGCAUCCAAGACACGGUGCCUUCCCAUGGUCCUCUCUUCCUUCAGUCAUUACUCUUUCAUUCACAUGAUUGCCAACAUGUAUGUCCUAUGGACAUUUUCCACUAGCAUUGUCUCCCUACUUGGGAGGGAGCAGUUUCUGGCCCUUUAUCUGUCUGGAGGUGUUAUUUCCACAUUCAUCAGUUAUGUUUUGAAGACUGCUACAGGACGUCUGGGUCCAUCACUUGGAGCUUCAGGGGCCAUCAUGACUGUUUUGGCUGCAGUCUGUACCAAGAUACCAGAAGCUAAGCUGGGCAUCAUCUUGCUUCCUAUGGUCAGCAUCACAGCAGGAAAUGCUUUGAAAGCUCUUGUUACCUUGGAUACAGCUGGUCUUCUCUUGGGAUGGAGGUUUUUCGACCAUGCGGCCCAUCUCGGGGGUGCUUUGUUUGGAGUGUGGUACAUUGUAUAUGGCAAUGACAUGAUCUGGAAGAAGCGCGAGCCACUGGUGAAGUUCUGGCAUGAGUUACGGAACGGGUCAUCUGGCAGAUCCCGACCCGGUGGAGGUGGUGGUCAUGUUUAGGAUUGUUUAACUACAUCAGAAUCACAGGAUGCUCUCAUAUUGCAUAUUGAAUGACACACAUUCAAAAGAUUACAAGAACUGUCCAAGCACAGUGGGAAGCGCACAUGCUUGUGACACCUAGAGCUGCUGGACAUGGAUUUUGUCCCAGUACCAUUUCCCCUCUCUUUGCCCCUCCACCAUCUUGUCUCUUCUAUACUGUCCCAUCAUUAAAAGCAAAACACCCAAUAAAAAUCAAAUUAUCUCAA